AAAAUAAAAAGCACAACCAAACAAUCCACCAUUAAAGCAGUAUUUUACUUGGCCUCUGGAGUUCCAUUCCAUGUGUAGACUGUAGAGUGUGGAGUUUGAUUUGUGGGAACAUGGACGGAGGAGCUAAAGAUCUCUAAAGGGUGUGAGCCAACCACUUGAAAUCACACUGGAAAGUGAUAAGGGACUUCGUUUUCUUCAUUAUUCUGUUCGUGUCUUUGGAGCCCACCUUCCUCAAUUCAUCGAAAAGGUAUUUCUUCAAACACCUCUCUUGCUCUAUGGCCUCUGCAACAUAGAAGUCCUGAAUUCGAACAGGAAAGACAAUUGAGCUACUUCUCCACCUCGCUUGCGGAUGAUACUGUUUCCUAGGUUUCUGCAACUCACUCACUAAGGUGCCAGAAUGAAGAUUUCUAAUGGGAUUACAGAAAAUUGGGCGUUUGGGUUUCUGAGUUCUUGAGAAACUAAUUUGCUUACUUUAAUCUCUGAGGUUCAGCUUUUGCUAGUCGAGAUGGCAACUCACCUACCUUGUUUCUCACCAUCUGAUACCCGUACUUCAGUCGGAGUGUCAGCAGUGCUGGGAGGAAGGGUUUUCAAGGAAAACCGUAUGGGUAAAUUUUGUUCCCUGAACCUGAAGUUGUUCGAUGAGAAGAAUGUGCUUUUUGGUGCCAGCCAUAAGAUCACUUCUAGUUUGGCCCAUGUUAGAUGUUUAGCCAACUCGCACAAUGUCAGCCCAUAUCAUAGUAAAGACCCAUUUCUGAAUCUACAUCCUGAAGUAUCGUUGCUAAGAGGAGGCAAGGAAAAUGAUGUGGUAGCUAAUCCAAGAAAGGAAAACUCUAGUGGCAUCGUAACUGAGAGCAUAAGAGAAUUGCCCAAUUCCAAUAAUUAUAAUGAAGCUAAAAUCAAAGUCAUUGGUGUUGGGGGUGGUGGGUCAAAUGCUGUUAAUAGAAUGAUUGAGAGUUCCAUGAAAGGUGUGGAGUUCUGGAUAGUUAACACUGAUGUUCAAGCCAUGAGGAUGUCACCUGUGUUUAGUGAGAACCGCUUGCAAAUAGGUCGAGAGCUAACAAGGGGACUUGGUGCUGGUGGGAACCCAGAUAUUGGUAUGAAUGCUGCCAAGGAAAGCAAAGAAGCAAUAGAGGAGGCACUUUAUGGUGCUGACAUGGUCUUUGUAACGGCUGGAAUGGGUGGGGGAACCGGCACAGGUGGUGCCCCGGUAAUUGCAGGAGUUGCAAAGUCAAUGGGUAUCUUGACUGUUGGUAUUGUUACAACACCUUUCUCUUUUGAGGGACGAAGGCGAGCAGUACAAGCUCAAGAAGGAAUUGCAGCUUUGAGAGAUAACGUUGACACAUUGAUUGUCAUUCCAAAUGACAAGUUAUUGACUGCCGUUUCCCAGUCUACCCCCGUUACUGAAGCUUUUAACUUGGCUGAUGAUACACUCCGACAAGGUGUCCGUGGUAUCUCUGAUAUAAUUACGGUUCCUGGUCUAGUCAACGUUGAUUUUGCUGAUGUCCGAGCUAUCAUGGCAAAUGCAGGUUCUUCUUUGAUGGGAAUUGGAACAGCAACUGGCAAGACUAGGGCAAGAGAUGCCGCAUUGAAUGCCAUCCAAUCACCUUUGCUGGAUAUCGGCAUAGAAAGGGCCACUGGAAUUGUAUGGAACAUCACCGGUGGAAGUGAUUUAACCUUGUAUGAGGUAAAUGCUGCUGCAGAGGUGAUAUAUGAUCUUGUAGAUCCAAGUGCAAACUUAAUUUUUGGAGCAGUUAUAGAUCAGUCACUCAGUGGUCAAGUUAGCAUCACUCUGAUUGCUACUGGAUUUAAACGUCAAGAUGAAGCUGAAGGAAGGCCUCUUCAGGGAAGUCAGCUAGCCUAUGGAGACAACCUUGGGAUCAGUCGACGACCUUCCUCUUUCACUGAAGGUGGCUCAGUGGAGAUCCCCGAGUUCCUGAGAAAGAAAGGACGCUCACGCUACCCUAGAGCUUGAAAUACUCUCUCGCGAUCUCAAAAGAACCCUGGAGCUUGGAAUACUCUUUUUCUCGUUCUUUUUGUUUCCUCCCUUGUAAUAUACCUCCAUGCCCACCAUUUUUCAUUUCAUUUUUUUUCCUUUUACUUCAAUCAUUCCCGGGUAUGCAGAAUAGAUUAGGACAUAACGAGGUGAUUAUGCCUUUAAUAGUUAUUAACUCCGAGACCCAGUGUUUCCUUUUCUAUGGAGCUUAUUUUCUCCGAUUAAAUAAUAAUAAGCUGAAUUUUGUUUGGAUUUGUUCA